AUUAAAAUUUGACUCCUUUCAUUCAUCGGCUUCAAUUCAUUGGUGACUGAAUCAGGCUACAGAUUCUGUCACAGAAAAUAAACUGAGUCCGAAAUGGCUUCCAGCGACGGAGACGGCGGCGGCCCGAGCAUCAGUAGUAGCAAUACAGUAUCAUCGUCGUCGGUGAAAUUCGGGACGGCGGAGGCUCUGGAGCAUGUGCGGAAGCUCACUGACGUGGGAGCCAUGACCCGUCUCCUCCAUGAAUGCAUAGCCUACCAGCGAGCCCUUGAUCUGGAAUUGGACUCCCUCCUCUCCCAGCGUCCCGACCUCGACCGUCAGCUCUCUGCUCUCAACAAGUCCGCCGACGUCCUCCACAUUGUCAAGGCCGAUUCCGACCACCUGCUCUCCAAUGUCCGCUCCACCUCCCACCUCGCUGAUCACGUCAGCGCCAAAGUCCGUCAGCUGGAUCUCGCCCAAUCCCGCGUUUCUGACACGCUCCUCCGCAUUGACGCCAUUGUACACCGCUCUCACUGCCUUGAUGGUGUCCACAAGGCCCUUCAGUCGGACGAUUUUGAGUCUGCAGCUAAUUACGUCCAGACGUUCCUUCAGAUUGAUGCCAAGUUCAAGGACUCCGCUGCGUCCGAUCAGCGUAGUCAGUUGCUCGCCGCCAAUAAGCAGCUUCAAGGGAUAGUCCGGAAACGUUUAUCUGCGGCUGUCGAUCAGCGGGACCAUCCAACCAUUCUCAGAUUCAUCAAGCUCUACCCGCCUCUGGGACUGGAGGAAGAAGGGUUGCAGGCUUAUGUCAAUUACCUGAAGAAGGUGAUUUCUAUGAGAUCUAGGAUGGAGUUUGACCAAUUGGUUGAGCUGAUGAAGGAGCAAUCCCAAUCCGAUUCCAAUUCUGGUCGGGUAAAUUUCAUAGCUUGCUUGACGAAUUUGUUUAAAGACAUUGUGUUGGCUAUUGAAGAGAACAAUGAGAUUUUAAGGAACUUGUGCGGAGAAGAUGGGAUUGUUUACGCCAUAUGUGAGCUUCAAGAAGAGUGCGAUUCUCGGGGCUCUUUGAUUAUGAAUAAGUAUAUGGAUUACAGAAAGUUAGCCAAAUUGACUUCUGAUAUUAAUUCUUACAAGAGCAAUUUGCUCUCGGCAGUGGCCGAAGGACCUGAUCCUAGAGAGGUUGAACUGUAUCUGGAAGAAAUUUUGUCCUUGACACAGUUGGCAGAGGAUUACACUGAGUACAUGGUCUCGAAGAUUAGGGCAUUGAGCUCUGUCGAUCCUGAAUUGGUUCCCCGCGCCACUAAGGCUUUUAGGAGUGGGAAUUUGAGUAGGGUUGUUCAAGAUAUCAUGGGCUAUUAUGUGAUAUUGGAGGGGUUUUUCAUGGUUGAAAAUGUGAGGAAAGCCAUCAGCAUUGAUGAGCACGUGUUUGAUAGUCUUACUACGUCUAUGGUGGAUGAUGUCUUCUAUGUUCUUCAGAGUUGUUGCAGGAGGUCUAUUUCCACCUCCAACAUUAACUCUGUAAUUGCAGUUUUAAGUAAUGCAGUGAGCUUGUUGGGCAGUGAGUACAACGAGGCCUUGCAGCAGAAAAUGAGAGAACCUAAUCUUGGAGCUAAGCUUUUCUUAGGUGGUUCUGCUGUUCAGAAGACUGGUUCUGAGAUUGCAACGGCUCUAAAUGACAUGGAUGUGAGUAGUGAGUAUGCUCUCAAACUGAGACACGAGAUUGAAGAGCAGUGUGCAGAGGUAUUUCCCGCUCCAGCCGAUAGAGAGAGAGUUAAGUCCUGCUUAUCUGAAUUGAAUGAGAUGAGCAACACUUUCAAGAAGGUGUUGAAUAUGGGAAUGGAGCAACUUGUAGCAACAGUUGCGCCAAGAGUUCGACCGGUAUUAGAUAACGUGGCAACAAUCAGCUAUGAGUUAUCUGAGGCUGAAUAUGCUGAUAAUGAGGUGAAUGACCCUUGGGUUCAACGGCUUCUUCAUGCCGUUGAGGCCAAUGUAGCGUGGCUUCAACCCUUAAUGACCACCAACAAUUAUGACAUGUUUGUACAUCUUAUUAUUGAUUUCAUUGUGAAAAGACUUGAAGUGAUCAUGAUGCAAAAGAGAUUCAGUCAGCUAGGAGGACUUCAACUUGACCGAGAUGCUAGGGCCCUAGUCAGCCAUUUCUCUAGCAUGACCCAAAGGACUGUCAGAGACAAAUUUGCUCGCCUAACUCAGAUGGCUACCAUCUUGAAUCUGGAAAAGGUCUCCGAGAUCCUAGAUUUCUGGGGUGAAAACUCUGGACCCAUGACCUGGAGACUAACACCGGCUGAGGUCAGAAGAGUAUUGGGUCUGAGGAUAGACUUUAAACCUGAAGCAAUUGCUGCUUUGAGGUUGUAGUCACAUUUGUUUCUGCAUGUUUUGUUUGAUAUCUAUAUCAUUGCUCCCUUUCCUUCUUCCUUUUUCUUUUUUCACAUUUUUGUUUGGGGGUUAAUCUCUGUUUAUAAUGAGACCUCAUCCUAUAUAAAGAUGAACUGAUCAUGAUUCAUUUAUAUUCUGUUUUAUUAGUCUGUUAUCAGUACAGUGCUAUUUUUCCUAUUUUUAAUUAA